UCGAUAUCGGACAACUGCUCGAAUAGUCUGGUGUAGAAUUUUAGUCAGAAAAAGACUGAAAAUAUAUCGGGUGUAAAACAUAGGAAAAUUCGCAUUUCCACGUGCCAGGGAGCUUGAUUUUUCCUCGGUAGACACACUUCGCGGGUGUGGCCGCUGCGAAACCUGCCGGUGCGAAAGUGUCUACAAGAUACAGCUGCGUCUGGUUUCGGUGCAGGUUUUGGGUGCCCUGGAAUAACUAGAGUGUAGGCCAGCACCACACAAUCGGUAAAAUCGUGUUCGGUGUGCGGUCAUCAUCGUCAGUCCCUGGAACUUUCUUGGUAUUUCGGGGGUGUCGGCACCAACGGGGUGUGCUAGUGAAUGGAUGUGACAACGAAUGUGCUAAUCGAUGCAAUGGUAAAGUGAACAGGAACGGCUUUUUAGCUCAGAAAAUUAGUUCCAGAACCCGUACCCGGACGUAGUGUGAAGUGCAGGGGUGCAAAACAUCGCCGACAACCUAAUUGGCAAUGAGUUAUUGGUCCUGAAGUGCUACGAAACUUUGGUACAAUGAUCGUAGCACGUUAAGCCACGGUGAUACUUAAACAAGCGAACAACUCAAAAAACACAAAAGGAGUGUCUGAAAUUUAGUUUCGGUUGUUGCGGAUACGGGGGGAAGAAAAGCACUGACAACCCCUAUUGAUCCUUCGGCGGAUCGGUUAGUCAUUAAUUUAAGAAGAUCUGCAUCCAUUAAAGGAGAAACAUCCUACGACACUUUUAGCAGCACCAAUACUAGACUCCGAACUGAAGCAAGUCAAAUAUCGGUGUAAUGGCGGGAAGCAUUAAGCAAGAGGAUGUCUGCUACGUGGUAGCAAAGUACGAUUACGAGGCACAGGGUGCACAGGAGCUAGAUCUGAGGAAAAACGAUCGUUAUCUUCUGCUGGACGACAGCAAGCACUGGUGGAGGGUGCAGAAUACACGCAAUCAGUCGGGUUACGUGCCGAGUAACUACGUUAAGAAGGAGAAAAAAUCUGUCUCACUGUUCGACAGCUUCAAGAAGAAGGUUAAAAAGGGUUCCGGCAGCAAAACGCUUCCGAACUGCUCGCCUUCCAGACAAGUCGAUAGUCCCACAAUGAGCCGAAGAUUACCACCGGACCCUUCGGAGGCUAUUGCCUCUACCCCGAUAGGUACUGCCAUAGUGAAGUAUAACUACCAAGCUCAACAGCAGGAUGAACUGUCGUUGACAAAGGGAACACGAAUACUGAUACUGGAGAAAUCAAACGACGGCUGGUGGCGUGGUCAGAGCGGAUCAGCGACCGGCUGGUUUCCUAGCAACUACACGACGGAAGAGAACGAAGACGAUACACUGCAUACAUACGCGAUGGCAGAAAACGUGCUUGAUAUUGUUGUGGCGUUAUACUCAUUCAAUUCUAACAACGAUACCGAGCUAUCGUUUGAAAAGGGCGAUCGAUUGGAAAUUCUUGAUCGACCAGCGGCUGAUCCCGAAUGGUAUAAGGCCCGAAAUAAUAAUGGCCAGAUAGGGCUCGUACCGCGUAACUAUUUACAGGAACUGUCUGAAUACUUAGCUCAACCAUUUCGGAGCAAUGGAAGCGGCCCGGAUUCGCUAGACCGGCGGCCUAACGAUGCGCAAUCGAAUAACAACAAUUCCAACACGAACAACAGCAACAACAACAACUCUCAGCAACCAGAAAGACCCCAUCUGACAGGGAAAAGCUGGUACUACGGUGCUAUUACUCGAAGUCAAUGUGAUACGGUGCUAAACUCUCACGGACAUGAUGGAGAUUACUUGAUUCGCGAUAGUGAAACGAACCUGGGUGACUAUUCCGUUUCGCUAAAAGCCCCUGGACGCAACAAGCACUUCCGCGUGCACGUCGAAGGGAAUAUGUACUGCAUCGGGCAGCGCAAAUUUCACACACUGGAUCAACUAGUGGACCAUUACCAAAGAGCCCCCAUUUACACUAACAAGCAAGGCGAAAAACUGUAUCUUGUUCGACCAUUGCCGAAAGCAAAUGGUACCUAAAACAGCGAGCAAAUGGAAAAGUCUCCUGGAGAUGCUAGUAAGCAUACUAUGGUCAAAUUUGUCACGUAUUGGGGGUGAGGUAAAACAGUAGACAAAGAAGACCCAUAAUCAUAGCAUUACAAAGACGUGUGCGGUAAAAAGUGCAAGUGGAUAAGAUAAUUCGAUGCGCAACGUUCGAUAGUUAAUGUCGCAAUUUUUUUGACUCGACUCGGUUGCCUGAUUCCCGAUUUGUUUUUAAAUCAUGUUCGUGUUCAUGACCGUGGCGGUAUUGAAAUGAAGUUGUUUGUUUUAUUUUAUGCGUUGCUAGUAGUCUUCUGUUUCAAUGAUUUUAUUUGUUUGUAGCCGUUUUUAUGCGUGUGUGAAUUUUAGUUUUCAUAAUUUUGUGAAUUUUAGUGAAUCGCCUUUGUAAACUCAACAUGCGCUGUGUGAUGCACUCGCGAGAGGAUUAAAUGAAGAUUUUAUUUUCCAACCGUAUGUAUAUUUUUUGUAACAUCGAAUCUAACGUCCAUUGAGAUCAUUAAAAAUGAUCUCAUUGGUGUACAAUUUGGAAGCAAAUCACGACACAUUGCAACAAAUCGGUGAAUUAUGAGCUCUUCGAAUUGCUAGCUCGAUAUAAAGAUAAUUAUAACCGUAGUAAUUUAUUUCAAAGCAGCUAAGCUUUAGUAAAACAGUAGUUUUUUUUUCUUCUUUUGCUCUGGCUAACCUAGGAUUGGCCGGAAUCUAUUGUGUGAAAAUAAUUUUUUAAAUAUAAGAACAUUUUUCGGUUAAAAAUAUUCUGAGCGAGCGUUGUUCUGACAUACUGCAAAAAUAAUGUUGAAGCUAUUUUUAGCAUUCCGCAAAUGCGUGAGAGAUCGAACACCGGCUAAGAAAGGAAAGCAUAAAAAAAUGCUUCAAUCAUGAGUAGACGAAAAAUAGACGGUUUCUUUGGCUUGCGUCUGUUCAGUGAGACUAAAUAAAAAGGAAUUCUGCUAUGUAAACAUAGUUCAAAUGACUACCAAAGGGGUGAAUAUUUUAAAUCAUUCAUUAUACAAUUAUGGGUACGUGUACGAGAACCGUACUUAGAUCCUUACAACAUGGUGUAACGUCCCCAUGGCAACUUAAAGUCGUGAGGAAUUGCUACAUAGGCAUUUAUUUUGUUUCUGUUUAGUAGAUUCCGUACUUCCCACAGUCAGAUUACGUGUGAGCGUCAACGAUACAUAGAUUUACAUUGGAAAAGAUGCAAAUCAAGCCAAUAAAAGGAAUAAAACUAAGAAAUAGUGGUACAUCUACUUCGUGCAUCUAUUUGUGUUGGUGAAUCACCUAUCAGGGUAAUGGAUCAGAUUAGCAAGGUACUUUCACUUUAUGUCUCCGAGCUCGUUUAAUUUUUGUUUUGUGCUUAGGACAACAAGGGAACAGUCAAAAACGUGGAAAUGAGUGUUGCUUUCCAGACACCGAUGUGUACUCUUACAUAACAGAAAUCCGGCCACUAGAAAUGUUGAUCUGAUUGAUAAAUCAUGCACACCAAGUUAAAUACCACCAACCCUUGCACCAUUAAAGCGUGCUGCAGAGCAGUAUUUUCAAAUGAUCGAUGGAAAAGGAGCUACAUUGCAUGCAAUGGUGCUGUUGUUUCUGUUUCAGUUUGGUCGCGCUUGACCACUGCUUUCAAUACCAGACACAGUGGUUCGCCUUUUACCGUUUUAAUCCGAAUGCAACUAUCAUACAUAUGUAAUCCAAUGUGGCAGCAUUGUAUCUAUACCCAUACUCAUUCGUGUACAGAAGAAUUAAUAACGAAAUAUGCUUUGGGGUAAGGUUUCCUCCAUACCAUUUAGCAUUCUCAUUCCUUGCUUACACCGCUAAACGUAUCGUUAAAGAAACGUAUUCGUAACCUUGCUAAUAUAGUCGAUUGAUUGAUAUGCAUGAUUAGGGGGGAUCAGCAACGUGCUAAGGAACGGAAGAAGAAGAAAAAACACAUCGUGCAACGCGGCAGUUGGGUACGCCAAGAAUAGUACUGCGAUGAUGGUCUGAUAAUUUUAUACAAGGUAGCACGAUGUGAUGGAAUUAGUAAUUUAGAUACUUCCUUUUUAUAACGACGAAGGAAAAGCAAUUUAUUUGGUCAUAAAAGAAAGACACACACGCACAUCGACAUAUGAUGCUUUCAACGGCCAUAGACUGUCUAAACGAUUCACCGUAAGAUACGCGUGUCUAGCGUAUAGUAUAAGCGUAAAUUGGUGUUGUGAAGUUUUCUACCCUUUCCUCUUUCCAACUCAUGGGGAACUUGUCACUGCUACCUUUAUUGAAGGGGGUUGGAGUAUGCGGUUCCAUACAUUUGUUCAAAUUAGCUGAACUCCUCCAUAAACUACCAAACGGCUUUGUUUUACACCAAAAUCACAGUGAAGGUAGAGAGCUCGUUUCUAACAUUGAGUCACAACUUAUGGUGAUGUGAUCUACAUUAGCAUUCAUUCAUCGCAAAAGCAUAAAUGUAAACAAAUUCGAUCCUUCUACGUUGUUUGCGCGACUGUGACAGUAUGCAUUAAGCGCCUGUGAAGUGCGAGCCUAUCGACAGAUUCUGGUAAAGUGUGUAUUGAAGUGUGUGAAAAAAAGUAAUGAAAAACUAAAACUAGAAGAGCUCGUAAUAUCGAACCAUUGGCACUAAUUUUCUGAGAGGUAAAGAUGGAUGGAGCGAACGAAUCGACGUUAUACAUAUAGCUAAAAACUACCUACUUCUUACAUCACAUACCCACGAUGCGGAGUAUAAUAGGUGUACGAAAAUAGAAUAAUAAUAAUAAAAAUAAUAAUAAUAAUCGAAUUUCGCGGACAUGCCUUUGGGGACGUAAGGUGAUUGUAUUGCAGGAUACACGAAAUGGGCUGCUAAGUGCCAUUUUAAAAGAGAUUUAGUCCCUAACAGCACAGAACACGAAGCAAACUUGUAAAGAAGAGCGGAACAAACGGCGAUAGAAGAAUAGAGAGAAAGAGUGAUAGGGAGAGAGAGAGAGAGAAAGAGAGACCGAGCAACAGAAAACAAAAAGUAAUCUGGUAACAUUUGGAAAUACAUUAGCUCUGUUAACUUUAACUGCUUUAUGUUUUACUUGAUAUUAAUUUCGCUUGAAAAGAGUAUUGGACAAGCCCGAUAAUGCGGACGAAAUAGUGUCACCGCAUAGGUUUGAAAUUUAUAAAUAUAAAACACACACACACACACACACACACACAACACCAAUAUCAGCAAGCGAAGUUAGCUCUAUUUCUGUACGGCAACUGCUGAUAUAAUUGCUGACCCUAGGGAUACAAGAGUGGACAAGAGUAGUGAAAUUGUAGAACCUAAUUUUCGCUAGAAACAAUCCCCGGUAAUCGAAUCUCUUCCAAUCGAAGCCAAUCCUCUCCGAUUGAAUGUAUGUAUGUAUUGUGUGUGUGUUUGAGCUGCAAACAAUUCCUCACCCUAGCUAAGAUCAUCAAGAUGUUGAACGAGAACCUCUUCCAGGAUAAGAAAACUCCCCGUUAAAAUCAUAAACUUAUUCUAUUCUUUGCUACUUCACAUUCAUAAUACGCGUUUAAGACAGCAUUAUGUUAAGUAAGCGUUAGCAAACACAUACUGAGAGCGAGAAGCGAUCGAGAACGAGCAAAACACGGGACUCAUCGCCAAUAAAUUCGUUGAAGACAGGGAACAUUGGACGAGCAGGCAAUUGAACAGCGCAAGAGAUAAUUAGCCGCAGAAACAGGCGUCGUGGUUUAACGGUAGAAAUGAAAAAUGAAUCAUCCUAAUACCAAAAUAUACAAGUAAUAUAGAAUACGAUAAAUAAUAAAGUAAAACAGGAAAUAAUUGCAAAUAUUCGUGGCCGGUGAACAAUUGUGAACAAAUAAGAAAAGAAAAGACUCUUCACAAGCGUAGAUACGUAGUGCGGUGGAGAGGUGCUGUGAAAGGUUGGACCGAAUAGGUGUAUACCCGGUGCGUGUGUGUACUUCCUUUGUAAUUGAAAUAGUAGCGCCGGACGGGUCGUUUUAGAUCAAUAUACCCCUCCCAACAACUCAAUGACACACAGACCGGAACCGAGUGAACUAGGGAAAGUAUAUGCAUGGUAAAAGGAGUAUAGGGCGUGAACAGAUGAGAAUAUUGUAUAUCGUGAAGAAGAGAUAAAGAAAACUAAGUCAUCGCAAUAAAGGUAAGAUCCAUGAAAUCUAGAAACAAGAA